AUGAGUUCAAAACCGCCAGUACCAUUAGGAAAAAAAAAUGGUGGAUUUCCAAAGUUAGUGAAGCCUUUUACAAAAUCUAUGUUAUUUAAAGUUAAAGGAAAAUUUUCAGAUGAUGCAGGAAAAGGUAAGACUAUGGAAACUUUUAAGAGUAAAAGUAGUAUUGACAAUAUUGAAGAAUCUCUAAAAACUGAGUCAAAUGAAUUGAAGCCUAAAUUCAUGAAACCCAAAUUAAAGGUUCCCGAUUUAAAAUUUAAAUCAUUAAACCCUCAAUCCAAGAAUCUUUCCCCUAUGAUAAAAAGAUUGAAAACAAAACCCAAAUUAAUGGAUAUAAAAGAAACAGAAACAAAAUUAAAAAAAUCACCACAAUCAUUUAAAUCUGUUGAAAUGAAAGAAAAUGAUGACAAUGAUGAUGAUGAUGGUGAUAAUAUGGGAAAGGAGGAAAAUUCAAAGUCAGAGGGGCCCAAAAUUCCUAAAUUUGUGAAAGUUUCUAAAUUUCCUAAAUUUGAAAAAUCUUUAAAACCAGCAUUAAAAGGGUUAGUCCAAAAAAAUGGAGAACAGAGUCACUCAGAAAUAGAAGACGGAAAUAAAACUCUGAACGAUAGAGAACAAUUUAGACAAAAUAAAUAUUAUAAUAAUGUGAAUUUGCUAAAUUCAAUAAAAAAUAAAAAUUUUAAUUUAUCAAAAACGAAAAGCAUUGAAAAUAACAAAGUAUCACUAACUAAUGAAAACGAUGAAAAACGUAAUACUGUUGAAGAAAAAAAUAAUUCAGUUUUAAAAAAAUAUUCACAUUCUUUUUCAAAGGAAAAAACAGAAAAUAUUAUUGAUGAUAGUAAGAAAAAUUAUAUUACAGAAAAAUUAGGAAAGGAUGGUAUAUUAAAAAAUGGGGUUAAGAUGAUGUUUAAAACAAAGAAGUCUAGUUUAAAAUCAAGUUUUAAUAAUAAUUCGAAUAAAGAAGCACAUGAUCAAAAGAAACAUGAAUCUACCUAUACAGGUCAAGCUGAGUUUGAUAAAAUGCAUGAUAGCAACAAAGGUAAUGAUAAUAAUAAUGAUAAUAAUAAUGGUGAUAAUAAUAAUGGUGGUGGUGAUAAUAACAAUGUUGGGGAUAAACGUAAUGUAUUGAUUAGUAUGGAAAAUAGGCCAAGACAAAUUGGGCCUUUGACAACAUAUAUAGAAAGUGAAAUACUUAAAAAUAAUAAUUAUAUGAAUGCAUUUUCGAGAGUUGAUGGAAAUUAUAUCGGUAAAGUCACGGGUCCUCCUGUUACUCCUUUGUCUAUGUCAGAUAAAAUUCCACAAAAUGAAAGUGAGCAAAAAUAUGAAUAUAAUAAAGUAAACAAUAUUGAGAAGGGUUGUAAUGAUAGUAAUAAUAACAACCGUUUUGCGAACAACCACUUAUACGCUUCAAAUUUUCCCAUGUUUUUCGAUCCAAAUAAUAUGAAUUGGAAUAACAAAGAUCAGAUGAAUUUUCCAUUUAUUUUUUAUCCAGGAUUUGGUUUUUAUUCACCUGCAUUUACUGAAGGUAUAUAUCCGUAUAGUCCUAUGAUGGAAGAAUGUCAUAAUAAUGAAAAUGGAGAUAUAUUAGAUAAAGAAAAUGUAGAUAAAGAAAGAAAAAAUAAUAAAAAAAAUAUUCCUAAUAAGAAUAAAGAUAAAACAAUGGUAGCAGGGGGGCAUUUAAAACCUUUGCAAUUUCGGAAUGGUGCUGAAUGGAGUAGUGAAGAUGAAAACUUGUUAAAUAGUGAUAUAGCUAUUUAUGAAGGAAUGGAAAGGAAGAGUAAAAAAAAAGAAAAGGAAAAAGAAAAGGGAAAAGAAAAGGAAAAAGAAAAGGGAAAAGAAAAGGGAAAAGAAAAGGAACGAUAUAUUGGUGAUUCCAAAUGGUAUGAUAUUGAACAUAAAUUAAAUAACUGUAGAGGUGUUAUCGAAAAUGAUAAUUAUAAAGGUUACAAAAAAAAAAAAAAAAAAAAUAGUGAUACGAAUGUGAAUAUAAAUUAUGAAAGUGAUACAAAAUAUAGUAAUUGUGAAGAUGAAUUUUCAUCAAGUUGUGAAAAAACAUAUUUCGAAUCUGAUACCAAAAAUGAUACAUGUAGUGAAUUAAGUAGUGACGAAGAUAGAAAAUAUUAUAAUCGUUCAAAAAGGAGAAGUAGUAAUAAAAAAAAAAAUUCAAAUAAAUAUUUAGAAGAUGAAUAUGACUUUAAUUUUGAUGAUUUAUAUAAAAAUUAUAAAAUCGAAUAUUUAAAAGAUAAAUUAAAAUGGGCAAAUGAAUAUCUUAAAAAAAGAGAGAAACGUGAAAAACGUGAUAAUAAUGAUAUGAUUAGCCAAGAUAGUGAAGAUUCAAAUAUAGGAAAUAAAUAUUUACAAAAAUCGAAUAUAAAAAAUAGUAUAAAAGUAAAGAAAGAGAAUGCAAAACGGUUAGAUGAUAUAACUCAUUUAUUUUUACCUCCUCCAAAAAAAAAUGAAAACUUAUUUGAUUUGUCUUUAAAUUUUUCUAAAAUUGAUGAUAGUGACAAAGAUGAUAUAAUUAACAUGCUUUUUUUAUGUCGAGAUUUAGAAAAGGUAAUUGAAGAACAACAUUGUAUUCUUGAUAUGUUAGACAACGAUUUAGCUGAAGUAAAUAAUUCAUUAAGGUUACCACCAAAUUGGGAUAAUAUUAAUAAUUUUGAAAUUUUACAAGAGCAUAUCUUAAAUGAAAAUGAUAAUAAUACAAAUUCUUUGAAUGGAUAUGAUGGAGAACAUAAUAAUGGUUUGUCUUUAAAUAAUGUUCCUUUAUUUAUAAAAGGUAAAGUUUCUUUGGUUCCCAAAAAUUUAAAUCAUUUUUUUGAUAACACUGAUCAAUCACCACCUCAAACGGGGCAGGUUUCUAAAAAUAGUGAUCCCAUUAAAAAUAAAAAUGGAACUAGCACAUAUUCUACGCCUCCAGAAACAUAUAAAUCGACAAAUAAAUAUAUGCCCAAAUUUGUAAAGGCUCGAAUAAAGGCGAAAGUCCCCUUAUUAUUAAAGGGGGCGUGA